CGGUUAUGUUGGCCACAUAGCCGCAGCUAUAAAAAUAAAAUAAACGUCCUUUAUGUGGGGAAACGUUUGUGGCAGAAUUGACUACCUUAAACUGGCUUGAAAUUGGGCCCUGUCACGUGUCAACAGUAACGACACGAGAGCUGCUGGCUCCUCCCUUCAUGCUCGGCACAAACAGUCAUGGGGAACUCUGGUGACGAAUGAUUAGAGCGUUAGGGCGGUGGUGUCAACAGGCAAAGCGGCUGCUGGGCGCAAAGCAUGCAAGAGCCUUGAAGGUAGCACAUCGGUGCCUGCGGCUUCAAGUCCCCAAGUGGACCCAAGGUCCCCCCAUGACUCCCCCUCUCACCUAAGACCGAUAUCUGUAGGUGCGGGUCACCAUUUCUCUAGAACUGAAAGCGCCUGCGAGCGGGCAGGUCACGGACAUGCAUGGAUGAGCGACUCAAGAUUCGAGUGUCUGUGCAGCAAUGGCCGACAAAGAACCCUGUGUAUUUUAAGCCUGAUGGUCGACGGUUUUCUUACCCAGACACACUCAAACUUCGCGCCGAUUCCGCUUACCUGGUUCAGACUUUGAUCUCACCUGGCAGAACGCUCACGGCGAUGCAAAUUCGCGGGCAAACGUUGCUGCUGUCACGCUUAAAAGCCGGCCUACGACACGGCGACAGCGUGCAGUACAGCGCCAUAUGGACCACCACAGGCUACGAGGUCAACAAGAAAGGUACCAGGACACUGCUCCCUAUAGUACUGGAGCUCAAGGGUGAGAACAUAGUGCUGGCUAUGGUGCAGUGCAAAAUCUACCCUGGAGAAGGGAGCGGCGGCCAUUGGCAGUGGGGCCAGCCCCUGCGCGCCAUAGAACUAGAAUGCUCUGCGGCAUCAGAUGGCUCGUACAUUGACGUCCUCAGGCAAAGCCUCACUGGGCGCCGGAUGUUCUGAAACAUCUUCAGCAGCAUGUUCCUCGCGUGAUAAUCUUUGGUUGCUUGAGAAAGUGGUGUAACCUAUAAGGCGGACUCAUCAAUAACUCGUUCUGACUUCCGGGGAAUGAGAAACAAUAGAUGGCAUCACUGUCACGAACUAUUGGUACUCGGCGACCCUAGUGUCUGUAACAAGCCAGCCACAGACUUUCAGCCAUGUCUCAAAGUCACAGAAUUGCUACUAAAGUUCUGAGCUGCUUGAAAGAUUAGCUAAGCACACAUUUUAAGAAUUCCGUUUGGACAUCAAAGACGUAUGUUUGUUCCUGUAGUAAAAAAUAAAUAAAUAAAAAUAAAUAAAAUGAAAAGGGGGACGGUGCUUAUAAAUACUGAACUCACCUGUCUGCAGUCAGCAAUCAGACAAUUAUGUGGUUGUAACGGCACUGUCUCAGUUUUGCAUGGUCUUGUUGACAUUCAAUCAAAUAUGUUACAUUUGAAAUAUGAAAUUUUUUCAGCUUUUAUUGUCUGCCUGAAGUAGCGUAUUAAAUAACGUCGUGGUCUUCUGUGAUAAACGAAAUAUGCAGUCUUUUGUCGAGAAGGUCAUCUCAGUCCCGCCAGGUCUGGCACCAUUAACCAAAGAAAGGCUGAGGAUUACAUGAAACUGGACAUCUUUCUUCGAUCAGUCGCUGGUUGUGCUUCAGUGUGUCAUUGACAUAUAAAUAUUCUUCUAAGCCAUCUAGCCAUGCACUUCGUAUUGUUACAUAAGGUAGAAUCGAUUGCUUUCACGAAGGCAUGGAUUUCGGUGAACAAUUGAGAUAUGCAAGAACAUAUUUCUUUCUACCCUGUCUUCUCCCCCUCCCUUGUGUAUGUAUUUGCUUGUCUUUAAUCGUAAAACCAGUUCUGCAACGUCUUUUUGGGUGCAUUCCCUGUAGAAAUAGUUAAACAGUAACCUUAGGAGGCUACUUUUGCCUCAUAAAGAUUGUCCAUCCCUAUAGCUAUUCUCCCACACAUGCACCCCUCACUUCAUAAAUGUUAAAAAAAAUGCAUUCCAAAAAAGUGAUUAAUUCAAUGAAAAAGACAUUUAUUUGUUCCACUGGUGUAAGAGAAUUUUUUUAAACCCACUGAGAUUUAGAUAUCAUAGGGAUAAAGCCAUGUUUAGUCAAAACAUCACAAAUAAGAAAUCCCUGAUCACAUUUAUCAAAUCUAAUAAUGUAUAAGCUUUUAUAAACAGGCACUCUUACAUAAAAUAAAUGAGUAUUCAAAAGGCACAAUUGUAGUAUUAAUAUGUAAAUAAAAAGUUUGCACAGGUAUCAAGAAAAGUAUUUCAAUACACUGAAAUACCAUUAUUUGAUGUAUUCACAAGCCUCAAUGAAAUUGCAACUGAAAUUGAUGAAAUAAAUGAAAUAAAAAGAGUCAAGGACAAAGUGUCAAUGAAGCUGACUGUUAUGUCAAUGUGAUAUGUCACAAACGUACAUGUCUAAUGUAUCUCCAUUGUCACUUUAUGAAAGCAAGUAAUUUUAAGACAGCGAUGUAAGUUGCAGGGUACAUCACAAAAAGUAUUUUGACUAGAUUGGUACAUACAUAUCAAAAUGACUAAUAAAGUUACUGUCAUCCAUCUGCCUAUAAGUAUUGUAAAACAUGUAUAACAAAACAUUGUAAUAUCAAAACAUAUGUACUUGCAGAUCACAAAACAUACUGAAAUCAUGUAGCAUAAAAUCUUAAAUGAAAAUGAUCUUUGCUUUUUGAAAAAAAACCUAUAGAAUAAUAGUUUAUAACUAAGAAAACUAUUUACCAGCAAAAUAUAUGACACCCAUGUGGGUAAAAUCAACUUUACAAAGUGGUCUUUAGUCUCAAGGUUGAAGUGACUCUACUGUCAUGAAAUAAAACACGAUAACAUUUUAGACUGAGCAGACACCUCUUUCAUGAUACAAAGGUUCUCUCUCACUAGAUGGUAAUACUUAUAAUCUAUUCAUAUACAAAAGAAAAUAAAAACUCAAAAGAAUUCUGAGGAAAAAAAAUGCCAAGAAUAUCAAGUGAUUUUUUUUUUAAUUCCUGAGACAAGAGUAAGACGUACACAUAUACACACCAGGUAGUCCGGAAAUACUUUUGAACUGUUUUUGGAUUUCCUUUGGCAUGACAAAUACCAGAUAUUUAAUGACCAGAGAAAAAUAGGAUCAGAAAAUGAAAAUUUUUCUAUUGUCUAAGAUGUGCAAACUCUAUGUAUUCUGACACAUUUGUUUUUAACAAGACAAUCGAUGACCUCCCUUACACAGUUUAAAAUAGAUCUGAAUAUCACAUAAUGAAGGCACAAAUGCAUAAUACUUGUUAUCUAUCAUGAGAAAGUAAAUUUAGUAAAACAUAGAACCAAUUAAUAAUUCAAUAAUUACAUAUGUACAAGUGAGUUUUUCCAGCUUUUGCAACUCCCCCCACCCCAACUAAAAGAAAAACAACAAAAGCCAGGUCUACAGCUGAUAAAUGAUCACUUUUUCAAAGAUUAAGGUUCUUUCAUUUACAAUUUUCACUUAAAAACAAAAAAAGAGGCAGUAGCUUUUCUAUAAAUUUAGUCAACCAAUGUGUUUUGAUUAUUGAAGAUGCUUUGUCAUUUAAAAAUGAUCUUUUGAGACUUUAUAUACUUUAUUUACAGGUAAGAGGCAAGGAGGACUAAGGAAAUAUGCAUUUUAGAGAACUGACAAACAAAUGGAAAGAUAGUUAAAUAAAUAAAUGAAUAAAUUAAAAAAAUACAAA